CACAGGCUCUUUUUUUGCAGAAGCUUAAAAUAAACGCUCAGCUUUGACCAUGGUUAAUCUGACAGCAAAGGAACGCCAGCUCAUCACUGGCACCUGGAGCAAAAUAUGUGCAAAGACCUUGGGAAAACAGGCCCUUGGCAGUAUGCUGUAUACUUAUCCUUGGACCCAAAGAUACUUUAGUAGUUUUGGGAACCUCAGCAGUAUCGAAGCCAUCUUCCACAAUGCAGCUGUGGCUACUCAUGGUGAAAAGGUGUUGACAUCUAUUGGAGAGGCCAUCAAACACAUGGAUGACAUAAAGGGAUAUUAUGCUCAGCUGAGCAAGUACCACUCAGAAACCCUACAUGUGGAUCCAUACAAUUUCAAGCGCUUCUGUAGCUGCACGAUUAUUUCCAUGGCUCAAACCCUCCAAGAAGACUUUACACCUGAGCUACAGGCUGCUUUCGAAAAGCUGUUUGCUGCAAUUGCUGAUGCCCUUGGCAAGGGUUACCACUAAACCAACCUCAAGAACAUGUGACUGGAGUCUCUUAGCUACACAGAAACAAAAUCUCGUUUUUUUUCAAA